CCUGCGCUCUGGAUAUCACUGAAUCCCAUUCAUGCUGGAUGGUGUAGCCCAGUGGUUUCCAAUCUGUGUUCCGGGGUAUUGUAGGUCGUCUGUGACUAUUUUAGAUGUUUUAUGAUAAAUAAAUGAAUUCUAAUAACAGUUGGGAUUAUUAAUGUUAUUAUAAGAAAUGUUAGUUUACUUUUCACAAUCAAAAUGUUUUAAUAAUAAAAAUAGCAUUUUAAUGUGUUACAUUCAUUUCUAAAAAUGAACUGCUAAAAUAUUUUAUGUAAAAAAAAAUGUACGAAUCGCCGAGCUUUUGAAUGCGAUUUGGUGGUCCCCGGAACGGAACAUUUUGGGAACCUCUGGUGUAGCCUAGAUUUACAGCUAUACGCGCAAGAGGAGUAUACGUGAACCAUAUGCCAGGGGAGCAGACCUUUCUCACGGCAGUAAUUCGGUUAUUUUUGCGUCUGUUGUGUAUUACUAAAGUAGGUUACCUACAUUUAAGUUAAUUGUACUGUAGCAAGAAGCAUGGGCUGCGCAAUAUCAGGACUGGCACCAAAAACACUUGGAGAGACAAAAACGGAAGAAGAUGUUGCGCAUCUCAACGAGAAGCAAAUCCAGAUGAUCAAAGAGUCCUGGAAAGUUAUCCAGGAGGACAUUGCGAAAGUUGGAAUUAUUAUGUUCGUCAGGUUAUUUGAGACCCAUCCAGAAUGCAAGGAUGUAUUCUUCCUGUUCCGAGACGUGGAGGACCUUGAGACGUUACGUACCAGCCGGGAGCUGAGGUCGCAUGGCCUACGAGUAAUGUCCUUCAUUGAGAAAAGUGUGGCUAGACUGGACCAGCUGGAGAGACUAGAGGUUCUGGCUGUGGAACUAGGGAUGAGCCAUUACCAUUACAACGCCCCACCCAAAUACUACAGCUAUGUAGGAGCAGAAUUCAUCUGUGCUGUCCAACCCAUUCUCAAAGAGAGAUGGACCCCUGAGCUUGAGGAGGCAUGGAAGACCCUGUUCCUGUACCUGAGCAGGCUUAUGAAGCAGGGCUACCAGGAGGAGACAAGCCGACAUCACCAUGAGGCAGAAUCCCGCAAGGAAAGGCCAGAGAAGAGGAACACACCCAGAUGAGAGGCCUGGCUAUGGCUGGCCUCCACCCAGAGACUGUUGAGCAUAGCACAAAAAUGUGGCACGUGGCUUUUAGCUGUGUAUAUAGUGUAUUUAUCGCUUACAGUAUUCAUUUUCUACAUACAGUUGAAAUUGGAAGUUUGUAUACACUUAGGUCGGAGUAGUUUUUCAACCACUCCACAAAUUUCUUGUUAACAAACUAUAGUUUCGGCAAGUCGGUUAGGACAUCUACUUUGUGCAUGACACAAGUCAUUUUUCCAACAAUUGUUUACAGAUUAUUUCACUUAUAAUUCACUGUAUCACAAUUCCAGUGGGUCAGAAGUUUACAUACACUAAGUUGACUGUGCCUUUAAACAGCUUGGAAAAUUCCAGAAAAUGUCAUGGCUUUAGAAGAUUCUGAUAGGCUAAUUGACAUCAUUUGAGUCAAUUGGAGGUGUACCUGUGGAUGUAUUUCAAGGCCUACCUUCAAACUCAGUGCCUCUUUGCUUGACAUCAUGGAAAAAUCAAAAGAAAUCAGCCAAGACUUCAGAAAAAAAAUUGUAGACCUCCACAAGUCUGGUUCAUCCUUGGGAGCAAUUUCCAAAUGCCUGAAGGUACCACGUUCAUCUGUACAAACAAUAGUACGCAAGUAUAAACACCAUGGGACCACGCAGCCGUCAUACCGCUCAGGAAGGAGAUGCGUUCUGUCUCCUAGAGAUGAACGUACUUGUGAGAAAAAUGCAAAUCAAUCCCAGAACAACAGCAAAGGACCUUGUGAAGAUGCUGGAGGAAACGGGUACAAAAGUAUCUAUAUCCACAGUAAAACAAGUCCUAUAUUGACAUAACCUGAAAGGCCCCUCAGAAAGGAAGAAGCCACUGCUCUAAAACCGCCAUAAAAAAAGCCAGACUACGAUUUAAAACUGCACAUGGAGACAAAGAUCGUACUUUUUGGAGAAAUGUCCUCUGGUCUGAUGAAACAAAAAUAGAAUUGUUUGGCCAUAAUGACUCUCUUUAUGAUUGGAGGAAAAAGGGGGAGGCUUGCAAGCCGAAGAACACCAUCCCAACUGUGAAGCACGGGGGUGGCAGCAUCAUGUCGUGAGGGUGCUUUGCUGCAGGAGGGACUGGUGCACUUCACAAAAUAGAUGGCUUCAUGAGGAAGGAAAAUUUGUGGAUAUAUUGAAGCAACAUCAGUCAGGAAGUUAAAGCUUGGUUGCAAAUGGGUCUUCCAAAUGAACAAUGACCCCAAGCAUACUUCCAAAGUUGUGGCAAAAUGGCUUAAGGACAACAAAGUCAAGGUACUGGAGUGGCCAUCAUAAAGCCCUGACCUCAAUUCUAUAAAAAAUUUGUGGGCAGAACUGAAAAAGUGUGUGCGAGCAAGGAGGCCUACAAACCUGACUCAGUUACACCAGCUCUGUCAGGAGGAAUGGGCCAAAAUUCACCCAACUUAUUGUGGGAAGCUUGUGGAAGGCUACCCGAAACGUUUGACCCAAGUUAAACAAUUUAAAGGCAAUGCUACCAAAUACUAAUUGUGUGUGUAAACUUCUGACCCACUGGGAAUGUGAAUAAAUAAAUAAAAUCUGAAAUAAAUAAUUCUCUAUUAUUCUGACAUUUCACAUUCUUAAAAUAAAGUGGUGAUCCUAACUGACCUAAGACAGGGAAUUUUUACUAGGAUUAAAUGUCAGGAAUUGUGAAAAACUGAGUUUAAAUGUAUUUGGCUAAGGUGUAUGUAAACUUCCGACUUUAACUGUAGCUCAUAUUAUUAGGCAUAGUGUUAUCAGACUAUAAUGUAAAGUUAAACGGCGUAUUCCUUAUUUCAACAAAACGCUGCCAGAUUGUUAUUUAUUCCAACAAAGCACUUAUUUCUCAUUUUACAGUAACAAUUUGUAUUCCUCAUCAAUGACAUUGUGAUAAACGUCAUCGUUUAUGAUAAAUUACAUCAUUCAUCUGACAUUUGUGUUAAAAGCUGCAGCUGUUUGUCAUUCACUGGAAAGUAAUUAUAAUCCUUAAUGAUAAUUAUCAUGGUUAGGUUUACACCCAGUAAGGAAAACCAAGCCUGUUGAUUAAAAACUAAAUGUAUCAAGUACAA